UCCAAGAGCCGACGCCACCUGCAUUGCAUUAAUUCAAUCCCAUUCCUCUAUCGUCUGACGUUUUGAUUAAAGUCUUCUUCUCGUCUGAUCGGCCCCCUUUUCCAUAUUACUUCACACUUAUUGCCCUGUAGUAGUGGAUUGCUAAGAGAAAACCUUGUUUUAAAACUGAAACGUAGUCAUGUCGAGUCCUGUGUCAAAAACCGAAAAAGAAAAACAGAAACUUAUUCAAGAAAAAUGUCAAACAAUUUUAGCUUCGAUGUUACGUGAUGAAGACAACAAGUAUUGCGUUGACUGCGAUGCCAAAGGACCAAGAUGGGCUUCAUGGAAUCUUGGAAUUUUCCUGUGCAUCCGUUGCGCAGGAAUCCAUCGAAACUUGGGAGUCCACAUAUCCAGAGUGAAAUCAGUCAAUUUAGAUUCUUGGACUCCUGAGCAAGUGGUUUCCUUGCAGCAAAUGGGCAACAGCAGAGCCAGAGCAGUAUAUGAGGCAAACCUUCCUGAUAGUUUUCGAAGGCCUCAGACAGAUUCAACACUGGAGAGUUUUAUUCGAGCCAAAUAUGAGACUAAGAAAUACAUAGCAAAGGAAUGGGUAUGUCCACCACCGGUGAAGGUGUCAUGGGAUGCCGAGAUCGAAAUGGAAAUGAAACGGAAGAAAGAAGCCAAACGUAAGACUAAUGGAAGCCCAGCUGCUGGUCUUGAGCUUCCCACCACUCAGUCAUCUUCGCGCACUCCGCGCCCUACAGAAAGCGCAUCGGCAAUCAGCUCAGCUUCUUCGCCAGCUGUGAAGGAAGUAAGCUUACCGGCUCCAGUUGAAGUACCAUCCCUCCCUGCAUCAACUAAAACUAGCUCGGCAGCUCAAGACCUUUUAGGAUUAGAUACGGCAAUCGGUAGCUCGUCUGGGAGUGAUUUAUUUGGUGGUCUUUUAACGACGACAGCACCAACCACGAUCAAUAAUAGCACGAACAACGUAAUGGCAGGAGCAUCGAAAAAUGCCGACGAAGAUAGUUUCUUCAACCAAAAAACACCCAGUACAACGGAAAAACGGACAUUGGACAAAAAUUCUAUAAUGGCAUUGUAUAACCAAAGUGGUACGACUGCGUCUGCGGCUGUCCCACCCAUGCAAAACAUGUUUGCCAGUCAAGGACUUUAUGCUGCUCCCCAAAUGGCAUUUAUUGCUGCUCCCUCAAUGAAUCAAGCGGCAUUUGCGUCUUCUCCGUCAAUGAAUCAAUCGGCUAUGAUGGCCGGCAACUUUAAUCCUCUUAUGCAACAACAGCAACAUGGCAACAUGUUUUCUAGUCCUAUGUUUUCAACGAAUGGCGCGAUACCUCAGACGGGAGCAGCGCAAAUGGGCCAGCUCUCUCAACAACUGAAUGGAUUGAAUUUCGGCCCAGCCGUGCAAAAUCCUAUGAUGCCUACUGCCAAUGCUACAAAUCUAGUACCUGGUGUGAUGAUGGGCAAUAUGUCCAUGAAUCCUGCGAUGACCAGCAACGGAAGCAGUCCGUACAACAUGUUCCACGGAAUGCAAUCGGCACCUCCACCACAACAGCAACAAACCACCACCUUGUCCACCAAUCUAUGGCAGUAAAGGGUUUCAUUUUUCCUCAAUCCAACACCAGCGAGGAAAGAGAAAAACAAUUAACCAAAGGUCUCCACCCCCCAGGGUUUGUUUUCAAUUUUCUUUUCUCUCUUUCGCGCUCUAUUUCUUCAGAGUCCGCUAGGAUUUUUCCACUCGUCGUUAUAGCUGUCCAUUUCAUUUCCGAUCGUGGUUGUCGUCGGCGUAGUAGUUUUUUUCUUUUCAUCUUUCCUUUGUCUAACGCAAAACAAAAAUAUUCAAAAUCUUUGGUUAGGUAAAAUGGGAAGGGGGAUUUUUUCUAUUUAAUUUUUUUUAUUUCCCCGCACGUUCGCAGAUAUCCAGCAGAGGUCCCACAUAAAUAUGUUGCGAAAAAAAAUAAGGAAAACAAACCAUAAAAAAGUUCAAUCAAUCGAUUUUUGCCCCUCCUCACAUUCCUUCUUACUUUUGUCAAAGAAGAGAAUGAUGCUAUCACACACGAUAUGUCGUGGCUCUUUUUUUUAUACAUAACAGUGAUACCUGAUACGAAUGGAUGAACUCGUGCGAUUUUCCCCUCCAACAAACAGAAAAAAAAAAUUCUUUAAAUUGUUGUUUUGUGGCCGUUUUGCUCUUGCCUACUAUCUCUGUUACUAUUUACUCCCGCCAUUAUUUCUUUUCAUGUUUACGGCACGUUCAAAAUUAGUUUUGGCUUUUCUUUUUCAUUUUUUUUUUUUUUUUUAACUUCUUGUCUAUCGAUUAGUUUUCUCGAACUGAGAUUGAUUCGAAUAAUAAGAAUGAAA